AUGAGCGCGGGCAGCGGCAGCGGAGCCGCCGGCGCGGCGGGCACCGCCACCUCCGCGCUGUGCCUGCUGCUCUCGCUCACCGCCGUGGCCGUGUGCCUGCUGCUGGGCGCCAAGACGGCGGAGCUGCAGGGCCGGCUGGCCGCGCUGGAGGAGCGGGGCGCCGCCGGCCACGGGCCGCUGCUGGACGCGCUGCAGCCCCGCGUGGAGCAACUUUUCCGCGAGAAACUUGGCGAAGGACUUGCGAAGCUGCGGGCGGCGCGAGAGGCCCCGUCAGACUGCGUGUGCCCCCCAGGGCCCCCAGGGAGGCGAGGGAAGCCCGGCCGGCGCGGAGAACCCGGACCGGCAGGGCAGUCAGGACGCGAUGGUUACCCGGGGCCUCUUGGCUUGGAUGGCAAACCAGGACCUCCAGGACCAAAAGGGGAAAAGGGGGAAGCAGGAGACAUUGGCCCAAGGGGUGAUCAAGGUCGAGAUGGAGCCACAGGCCCCCCUGGUCCGCCAGGACCCCCAGGUGCCCGGGGGCCUCCUGGGGACACGGGAAAGGAUGGCCCACGAGGACCUCCAGGCCCCCCUGGUUUCAAAGGCGAGCCGGGAGAGGAUGGAGUGAUGGGUGCCAGAGGACCUCCAGGAUCAAAGGGUGAACCUGGUGUCCAAGGGAAAAAGGGUGAUGAUGGGAUCCCUGGGGAACCAGGACUUGUGGGCCCUAAGGGAGAAAAAGGAAGCGUGGGUCCCAAGGGAGAGAAUGGCACAGAUGGCUUCCCAGGACUAAAGGGUGAACCUGGUGAGAAGGGAGGAAUUGGCUCCAUUGGACCCCGGGGUCCCCCUGGGCUGAAAGGUGAGCAGGGAGACACCGUCGUGAUCGACUACGACGGCCGAGUCCAGGAUGCACUCAAGGCUGCAGGGAUACACAAAGUGCUGGGUCCACCAGGUCCCCCAGGGCCACCGGGCCCCCAAGGCACUCCAGGUCCCAAGGGAGAGCUGGGCUUGCCAGGUCCACCUGGAAUGGAUGGUGAAAAGGGUCCAAAAGGAGCAAAGGGUGACCAGGGCAGCAUGGGGAUCAUGGGGCAGAAAGGAGAGACAGGAGAAAUGGGCUCAGCAGGUCCCCCGGGAGCAGAAGGGCCAAAAGGAGACAAAGGAGAAAAAGGAGACACUGGGUCACCAUGUCUGCAGAAUAAUCACAUCAUACCUGAGCCUGGACCCCCCGGAUUACCUGGCCCUAUGGGUCCUCCAGGAAUCCAGGGACCUAAAGGUUUGGAUGGUGCAAAGGGAGAAAAAGGUGACAGUGGUGAGAAGGGGGACCAAGGUGACACCGGACCUGCUGGUCUCCCGGGUGCUCCAGGGCUCAUUGGUUUACCUGGUACCAAAGGAGAAAAGGGAAAGCCAGGGGAGCCAGGAUUGGAUGGUUUCCCUGGUCUCAGAGGAGAGAAAGGAGAGAGAAGUGAAAGAGGCGAGAAGGGUGAACGAGGAAUACCAGGGAGAAAAGGGGCCAAAGGACAGAAGGGGGAGCCAGGCCCUCCUGGACUGGAUCAGCCUUGUCCCGUGGGAGAUCCUAGCAUUGCAGGCAGCAAAAGGUACCCAGGCUUGCCAGGCCUGGAUGGGUGGAACAUGACAGAUAUUUUCACACCCUUUGCAUUGUCCACAACUCAUCCUAUUCUUAGUUCAGCAACUCAAGAUUUCUUAAAGAAACUAAGGACCAGACGGACUGCCAGUAGCAGGAUGUUGGCAUAA